CUCCCACUCACAGACACGGCGAUCCACGCGGCGCCCUUCUUCAUUGAUUCAUCACUCGCUGCUGCCCGCUGCGCUGCAUUGCAUUGCACCGCACCGCACUGCACUGCACCUUCCCCCGGCACCUGACGCUGAACCUUUUCUGUAUAUGCCGGCAGCCAGCGAGCCUCUUGCCGCCACCACAUCGCAUCGCACCUCCCACCUACCACCUCCACGCUCACUCACUAGUCAUCCAUCGCCCAACCCGCCUGCCUUGCCGUACCCUCGUCCUUCAGCUGCGGUCCUGCCUCAGCCUCACCUCGCAACUCAUACCUUCCUGCUCGCCGGUCUGCCUCUCCCCUCCGCUGCGCUUGCCACCCCAUGUCCGGACCUUCCACUCGACCUCCACCACCGCCAGGACUGUGAACGCCGGCGUGCUACACCUGCUCCCGGACCCGUCUCACCUUCAAUCCCGGCCAGCCGUGUUACCAAGACUCCCUCCGGCUCUCUGCUGCUGAAAGGCUCCGCAGCCGCUCCACGAACCGCGUCUCUCCCCCAUCUGGCCCAUCUGCUGCACUCGUCAGCUUUCGAUCGAUGCGGAAGACCUUGCAUCUGGCAGUUUGCAUACUGGCCAAUUGAUCCACCAUGUCUUACGGAGCAACCCAAGCGGAGCCCGUCCGGCCCUUGCCACUUCACCACGAGCGAUAUGGAAGCCACGCGAGCGAACACCUGCCAUAUCCUCCACCUCCCCGGCCCAACGUGGAACUGCCACGACCUUUGGAACCCAGGCCGCCAGUUUCGCAGCAGCGUUAUUACGAUGCACCUCAAGGCCAAAGGCGACCAGAUGCCUUUCGAAGUCCCGCCUCCAGCAAUCAAGAGUUCCGUCCGCAGUCUCAAAACUUGCCCCGCCUUCAUGACAUCUUGACUUCAACCGCGCCUCCGGCUCCAAGUCCGACCAGCUAUAGUUCCAACUGGGGAUCCUCGACAGCUCCAACUCCCCCACCAAACCAUCCCAAUGGCGACAACCGUUACAGCCAUGGUCCGUGGUAUACUCAUGCCCCUGCCCCACCCCAGGAGCAACCAUCGUAUCAACCACCGCCGGCCCGACGACUAGACAUGCCCGUAUCGAAUACGAGUCCCGUCUCGCGGCAUGACAGUCACACUGGGCCAAUAUCUCCAUACGGACCACACCCUGAAUCACGAGGCUACGAGCUUGCCCAACGUGAGCGGCCACGACAGCCCUCAACGAGCUCAUACACCCACAAUGGGGCGCCGAGUCCCUACAUUCCCAACGGCUCCGAAGAGCACCACUACCGAAAUGGCGCGGUGCACAUCAAUCGCCCAGGAAGCAGUAAUUAUGGCCCCGCAGGACCAGAGUGCUCCAAGAAGUAUCUCGGAAUUCGAGAACUUCCCGGCGAAGGCACCUUCCACUUAUAUGAAGGUGGUCUUCGCAUACCGACCCAUGUCGACGGCGAGCAAGUCAACCCUGCCUGGGGACUGACGAAAGCGAACAAGCCACGGAAGCGGCUAGCCAUGGCCUGCUUGGACUGUAGAGAGAAGAAGAUCAAGUGCGAACCAGGAGCUGCGAGCUGCUUGCAAUGCGAGAAGGCGAAGCGGCCUUGUCGAAAAGCUCCGUCACACCAAUCGCAACCCGAUGCAUCCUCACCUUCGAUCUGGCCUACAAACACGGCAUCUCCGCCUGGGAAGAGUGUCUCAGGGUUCAGCCCUCUGAACAGACAAGAUACCGAACAAGAAGCCAUCUCAAAACGAAGGCCACUGGAGGACCACUCUCCUUCUGGAGCUCCGGCCAAGAAGCAUCGAUCCAUGUCACCGGUAUACAGCGCAAAUGGUGGCUUUGGUGCUCCAUUGGCAGCGGCACACCCGCUCACAUCACCAGCCAUCCCACGAUCGCCUACCACAGGUCUAUCGUGCGAUGUCGAUCCAUAUGCGGCCCAUCCUGAAGCCACCCUUCAGGUGUUGGAUCACUUCUUCCAAGACGUGAACAAUGCGACAUACUGCAUGUUUCCACGGCAUCAUUUUAUGCACUGGCUGCAGUCAUGUUCGCAAAAGUUCCAGAACGAAAAGCUAUUGCUCUAUGCGAUGCUUGCGAUCGGAUCAAUAUUCGCAGAGGACGCGCAUGCCGGAUUUGGCGAGCAGUGUGCACGCGUGGCUGCAGCAUCGUUGCAGGCUACGCAAGGGAGCUACACCUUGCCGAUCGUGCAAAGCCGUCUCCUUCUCGGUCUGUAUCAUUCUGCAAAGGGCACACAUGCAGCAGGCUGGGACUACACCGGAGCCGGAAUCGAUGCUGCCAUCUACCUCAGAUACAACACCGAACAGGGCUGUAUCGAGGCAGACACGAGUGGCAAGACACGAAACGACUUUGGACUUUCCAAUGAACAACUCGCCGAAUGCAAGCGACGCACGCUAUGGUCGGCGUUCUUGAUGGAGCGCUACCGAGGCGGCCGCUCUACGCUGAUCAAUCCACAAGACAUCUUCCUCCGGUUGCCUUGUCUUGAUGACAGCUUCGAGCGUGGUCUCGCAUCGGAGGCACCGUAUUACGACAACGGCAUCAUCGAUCCCGCCAAGGCGAGCCUUACACACUCCAGCCCAACCUCUCCUAUGGCCUGGCUCUGCUUGAUCGGCGCCAUUUGGGGUGAUGUUUCAAACUUCAUUUACCGAGCGAUGCACCGUUCGCCGCAAACGUACCAACAAGAGUACGAUCGAUUUUACGACCACAUCUCAGCCGCCCUCCAGAACUGGUAUUCGAGGCUACCGGACCAGCUUCGGUUCUCCAAGGUGAACGUGGACCGCAGCAUCAAAGGCUCAUACGCUGGGCCUUACAUUUCCAUGCACAUUUUGUAUCAUCUCGCCUGGGUGAAGAUGAACAGAUUUGUGAGACAUGCACUGGUCCCACAGGUGAUCACAAGAAACAUCCGAGCGGCGCACCACCACUCACACGAGCUGCUUCAAGUGAUCAGCACGCUUCGAGCUGCGAAGUGGGACAUGGCCGAGAAAGACGGCCACAUCGCAUCAUUCUCCUUCACGACCGCUUUCGCCGGAUACGCCAUCCUUGCCGCGAUCGACGUUGUCGGUGCGGGCGGACUGGACACACAUCUCAAAGCGACUCUGGACCUGAUCAGUUGCGGGCUCGAGUGCCUGCGAGAGCUCGCACGUUACUGGGACAGCGCGCGGGACCAAGACAAGGCCUGCGAAAAGCGCUACUACCAGAUUCAUAAUGUUUUAAAACACCCUUUCACAGCACGCAGCGGUUGCUGGCUAGGGCGCGAAUGGGGCGUCCAUACUCCGCUAGAACAGGAGAUAUCCCAAGAGGACGAUUGCAUAUACGGCGCAGACGAUAGACUUUAUUUUGAUGCUUUGAGGGAUGACUCCGCAAACGGCAGGGCGCCCAGUGCGGGUCAACGUCCAGUUGGAGGUCCUUAGGUUAUUGGGAAUAACAUCGACAGCAGGGUCAGGCGUGUCGUCGUGUAUCUUCGACAACGCAGGACCAACAGCACUACGACUGAUGAGACUCUUGAUCAGAGAAAGAGCAAAACUUAUACCACUAGCGCGAAGGUCGCGUUUUGAGAUCUCUGUUGAGGUAUUGUGUAAAUAGUGCAGAGUGCAGAUCGGAGCUUGGGCUGUGGAGUCAAGCGAAACACAGAAAGUGGCGGGACAAAGUCAAUGGCAGCGAACGUUCAGUUCAUGCCGUGCCCAGAGCGGCAUGGGCAGAUGGAAGAAAC